AAACUUUAAAACUGUGUAUUUACACAAGCGAUAACACGUAGAUAGUGUAUACAGGCUGACACGCCGCACAGGUAUUUAAUUCUCAGGACUAGACGGAAGGUCGAAAGAACAGGGAGGCCAUGUUGGAUUUUAAGUAAACUCCUCCUGUGAUCCCGGCAUUAGAAAUGCAUCCCCGGCGCAGUGCUCAGGAAGUCCUACUGUGUGACCUCUGUGAAACUGUCCCCCUACAGAGUCACUGUGAACUUUGUAAUAUAAAUCUCUGUGUUAACUGUGCAGUAAAACAUCUCUCAGACUCGUCUAAAAGACACAAAGUCGUGCCCUUCUUACACAGAAAGUCUACUAACUACCACAAAUGUCCAGACCACACCGAUAAACACUGUGAAAUGUACUGUGAAAAAUGCAACAUUCCUGUCUGUUCUACUUGCGUCACUUCAGGUAAACACAAAGGUCACGAAAUAUCAGAUAUUCUGGAAAAACUCGGCGCUAAAACAGAAAGUUUACAAAAAGACCUAGAAGAACUCGAGACCAGAAUUUACCCCCGAUAUGAAGGAAUGGCGUCUGAUGUCGAAACUGAGAAAGCCGAAUUAGAAAGGAAAUACGGGAAACUGACGACAGAUGCCGAUGAACAAGGAGAAAUCCUACACCGGGAGGUCACCGCCAUUGUCAACCGACGGAAAUCCGCCAUUGCGAAGAUGAAAACUAAACAUCUGGACGCGCUAAAUAAAAAUACAGAUGAAAUCACACAGAAAAUGGCGGAACUCAAACAGAUCAUGUCUGACUUGAAAUCAAUCCUAAAAUCAAAUGACGUCUCCUUAACCUCUACUUACAAAUCUAGGAAUUCCGAAUUUAGAACAUUACCGCCUAAAGUCCGAGCUACAUUACCGAGUUUGUCUCCUCAGAAAAUAAACAAAGAUCAGCUCAAUGAAAUGUUCGGUUCUCUGUCGCCAUUAUCCAUUAACACAGAACAUGGCGACACGAUGAAGUCAGCAGAAGCUGUAUCGUCUCCUCCAGUCAAACCACUGCUUGAUGAGCCACGCGUCACCGCCACCGCCACCAUAGACACUGGGUAUAGCAGACUAUUCAGUGUUAGCUGUCUGAGUGAAGAUCAAGUCUGGACACGCGGGAAUAACAAAACCAUGAAGCUGCUCAACCUCCAGAGUAAACUACUGACAUCAAUACAAACCAAGUCAGGGAACGAACCGCGGGACAUAGCAGUGACACGGGACGGAGAUCUUGUUUAUACUGAUACUAAAACUAUAAACUUAAUUAGGAAUAAACAGAUACAGACCGUGAUCACACUACGGGGGUGGAUACCUCGCUAUGUCUGCUGUACCGCGGCUAACGAUAUCCUGGUUACCAUGAUCAGUGAUGAUGGAGAACAAUACAAAGUCGUGCGUUACUCCGGCUCCACAGAGAAACAAAGCAUUCAGUUUGAUGAUCAGGGUCGUCCUCUCUACUCAUCUGGUUAUUAUAAAUACCUCAGUGAGAACAGGAACCUGGAUAUCUGUGUGGCUGACUAUGGAGCUAGAGCAGUAGUGGUGGUCAAUCAGUCAGGAAAACUCCGAUUUAGAUACACUGGUCAUCCCUCUAAUACCAAGCAAUCAUUUACUCCAUUCGGCAUCACUACAGACAGCCAGAGUCACAUCCUGACAGCAGACUUUAACAAUCACCGUAUCCACAUCCUAGAUCAGGACGGACAGUUCCUCCGUUACAUUCACUGUGAUUUAGAGUCUCCAUGGGGUUUAUGUGUGGACAUCAGAGACAACCUCUUUGUGGCUGAGUGGGUCACUGCUAAAGUGAAGAAAAUCCAAUAUCUAUAAACACAGUGUUAAUUACACAUCUCUACAGUGUUAAUUACACAGCUCUACACAGUGCUAAUUACACAGCUCAACACAGUGUUAAUUACACAGCUCUACACAGUAAUUUACAGAACUGUGUUAAUUCCUUCUACUUGUUAAUUACAUCAGCUUGUUAAUUACAGUCCUCUGUACAUUACAACCCCCCUGUUAAUUACAGCCCUGUGUUAAUUACAUCCCGUGAUAAUUACAGCCAGUGUUAAUUACAGCCCUGUGUACAUUACAGUCCUCUGUUUGUGUAACAUGUACUUGUGUUUGUGAGUUUAACAGAACAUUAUUUUGUUUGUGAAUUAAUUCAAUAUGUGUUUGAUUUUCCAAUGUAUAUAUUAGUUAAACAUGAUACAGAG